AUGAUUCCAAAAAGAAAAGGCCAAACAAAGGAAGUUAAGAGAGAUGUCUUUGGAAGAGAUUUGUCCUAUUUCAAAAGUUACUCACAGUAUAUAGAAAACUUAAAGGAUAUUAAUGUAUAUUCCGCGGAUUUUGAGAGUGGAUAUACACCAUUACAUAUUACUUUAAAGAGAGGAUACUUUAAAAGAGCGUUUCAAUUAUUUAAAAAGUGGAAAGAUGAACAAGAGUUUUUAUCCCAUAAGCUAGGCGGGCAUGUAAUGAAUCAGAUAGAUAGAGAAGGGUUUACUCCUUUUGAGUUAUAUAUGGUUGAAUACAGGAGAUUAAUCAAGAAGUACCCAAAAUAUAUCAGCUAUCGAGUUCCUGGAAGCACAACUGCAUCAAAUAAAACCCAAAUUUGUUACUAUGAAGAUAUAAAUAAACUACCGUUGGGCAGAAAAUUAGAAUACCCAAACUUGCCAACGUCAGUUGAAGAGCUCAUAUAUUUAAAAUCCAGUAAAGCGUCUCACGCUUUGACCUUUGGUGUUAAUAUUAAUUUUCAACUGGGGACUGGCACGACAGAUGCAAGAAAAAAUUUAUUCCAAUUAAGUGUCCAUCAAUUAGAAGAAGAUAAUAUUAUUUUAUCUGAUAUUGGGCUUAAAAACAUAUUUAUAACAAGAUACCACUCCUUAAUAGUGACGAACGGUAAUAACAUAUUUGUUACAGGUUCCACUGGGAGAGGCAGAGUUGGAAAUGGCGUUAUUGAUACGCCACAAACGCAAUAUACAAAGCUCCGUGGAUUACCAACUCAGAAUAUUAAAGAUAUAUGCACAAGUGAUCAUCAUACUAUGGUGCUAUGCAAUGAUAAUGAAAUAUAUACUUGGGGUUGGAAUUAUUUUUGUCAACUAGGUCAUUCGGUUACAAAUAAACCUAGUGAUAAAUCAUACCAUACAGAUUGUUCAUCAAUACCUAAACGAAUAGGAUUUUUGCCAGGAGUAGAGAUAAUUUCAAUAUCAUGCUCAAAGAUACAUUCGGCAUGUGCCACUAAAACUGGAAGGAUAUUACUGUGGGGAUUAAAUGUUGGUCAAAUGGGUACCUCUAACCCUGUUCAUUUAUCACAUGAUUCCGUAUAUAUGGAUGUUGAAGGUUACUUAACAACAAAGCCAGUAGAAAUAAAUCUAGGAGAUGAAAUAAUUGAGCAGAUACUGUGCACAGAAUUUACGACAUUUGUAAGGACAAGAAAUAAUAUAUUACAUGUGUAUAGUAACUACUCAUCUAAAACAUUUAGGUUACUGCUACCAAGACCAUCAAGAAACAUUGAUCGAGAUAAUUUUACUUAUUUUGCACCAAGAGAGAUACCUAGUAACGUUAUAGAUAUGAAAUGUAAAAAUCCUUUCGGUAACAACUUGACAUUAAAAUACAGUUGUGGACGAAUUGGAACAAUAACAUCAAAAGAGGAAUCCAUUUAUUUAUGGUCAACUAUGAAAAAUACACCCCAUAUUUCUUUGUGCUGGACCCCUAAUUAUGAUUUUAAAAGGUGUGUAGAUUUUGACGUAUCAUCCAAGGGCGAAUUGAUUAUCUGCACGGCUGGAGGAGAAGUGUAUAAAUAUCAGGAUAAAGAUACGCCUUUAGAAAAAAUAUUCAGCACUAAAUUAACAUCUGGUAAAAUAGUGAGAGUUAGUUGUGAUUCUCAAUUCGGUUCAUUUGCUCUACUAAAAAAUGAAUUUGAUUCAAUCCCAAUUAUGUUUCCCAAGGAUUCGUUAUUAUACGAUUUUUCACGUUUUUGUGACGUGGUGCCAGGUACUACAAUCAAGAAUGAUUUGGGAAAUGAAAUAGCUGGUGUUAUGGCAAGAAAAUAUUUUGAUUAUAACGACUAUUCUUUGAAUAAACUACAAAAUCAUGAAUUAUUGGAUUCUGAUGAAAAUGCUGCUAAAAUUUCCUAUCGUAGUCAACAGGCUGCUGAAUUGAAUACAAAAAUAUUAUCAGAGAUAGGUAAAUCGAACAUAAACGGAAGGAAGACUUUCGAUAUUGUUUUUAAAGACAAGAUAACAAGCAAAAUAGUAUGCACUGGUCAUAAACUGUUAUUAAUGUCAAGGUGUUCUACAUUGAUGAAUCUGUUAUUAAAAGAGAAAUUUUUUUCUCUUCAUGAUAAUCAAAUUGUAUUGGAACUUGUAAAUAAUAUACAUGAAUCUAACUGGGAAAUAGAAAUUUCAGGUAAACUUGGCCCGGACGUUAUAAAGGAAGUAAUAUAUUACUUAUAUACCGAUAUCAAACCCAGUAAUCAAAAAGUUUCAAGAUUGUUAUUAGAAAUGGUAGAUCAUUCUUUACAUUAUUCAAGUUUGCAUAAUUCGUUGAGUAAUUUGUACUAUGAUAUUGUUACUCAUAAAUCAUCGGAUUCAUUAAACUUUGUUGAUACUAAAAUUUUGCUAAAUAACGGGUGUGUUUUUGCACAUAGUCUAAUUUUGUCAGUAAGAUGUUCCUACUUCAAGAUUAUGUUUGAGGAAAACUGGUAUACUAUAGACUCUGAUGGAUACAAGCUUUUAGAUUUGAAAAGCAAUUUUAAUGUUACCAAGGAUAUAUUUGCUUUUGUUAUUAAAUAUAUAUAUGGGUUUCCUUAUGAUUUAAUUUUUCAGGAUGCAGCUCCUUUAAGUUAUACUGAAAAUCUUCAAACAUUACUUGAUCUUUUGGAAAUCACAGAUUUUUUAAAUUUACAGUCUUUUAAAACAUAUUUGGAAGCUGAAAUUGAUAAAUAUAUAGAAGGAGAAACUGUCAUUCUAAUUUUGCUGAAUGCCAUAGCAUUUAACUGUGAUUUAUUAGAAACCAAAUGUAAUUGGUUUAUUUGCAAAAACAUUGCGAUAUUAUUUUCAAAGAAUAACAUCCCCUUGAUAGAGGAACACUUUACUGAAAGAAUUUGGGACAGACUUGAACUUUGUUUUUCCGAACUAUCUUCUGACUCUAAUACAGUUACAGAAUUUAUGGCAUGGUACUAUGAGUCCCAUUAUGAUUGGUUAGCAUUGUUUAACGGCAACUUAUCUAAAUUUAACGAAAAAUUUAUUGAUCCACACAACUGUUUCGUUCCUGUGUUUGAUUUAAAGUGUCUUAAGAAGAAGCCAAUUGAAGAAAAGACAAAGAGAAGAAAAUCUAUGAAUAUACAUAAACCUCGAUCUAAGACUCUACCUUGUUCAAAAAGCUCAUUAACGUGUGAAGAACAACAAAAUCUAAUUGAAAACAAAGAAACAUCCUCUUCCUGGGCUCAAAAUAAUUCCCAUUCUAUGGUAAUUGAUGAUUCCAAUGAGUUUGUAGAAGUCACAAGAAAGGCAAAAAGAAAAAAUUCAAAGAAUACUGAGAAAAAGCCUGAAUUAAGAAACAUAGUUAAUAAGGAAACUUCAUCAAAAGUUGUGCUUCACAAAAAUGUAAAUAAAGAUAAUCAAACCUUAGUUUCUUUAACAGAUGCGGACAAUGCUAAACGUGAGCAACAUAAGAACAAUUCUCUAAAUCAAAAAUUAUGGGGAACAUUCAGAAAGACUUCCCAAAAGGAUAGGAAAAAAAUUAUCGACGCCUCAUUGGAAACAAACUCAAAGUCAGAAAUGUCAGAACAACCUGUCUGGGGGAAAGCAAUAUCCACUGGUACUGAACCUAUUGAGAAAUUAAAGCAAGCAGCCAUCGUUUCAAAGAAAUCGAAUUUGCCGUCCUUGUAUGACCCUAACAGUCCAAAGAUUAUUAGCGAUACAAAGAAAUCUAAAAAUGAAAUUAUAAAACAUUUACCUCAAACUGAUAGCAUUCACAUGCCUUAUGUAAGAGCAUCGCAACAUGUCCCACUAAAUGCAAUUGAUACACAAUUUGAGAAAGAUCAAUUGAAAAAACGUAAAUCAAAAAAGCAAAUGCAAGAGGAGAUGGAGGCCGUCCAAUUUGAGAGAUGGUUUGAAGAAGAAAGUGAGAGGAUUCAGAGGCAAAUGAAAAAAGACGAUAAAUCUGUAAAUAACAAAGAAAAUGACUGUAUUAAUACACCAAGAGGGAAAUCAAAAACCAAAAACCAAAACAAAAUUUCUCAAACAACAAUCGAAAUCAGGAAAAAAGGGACAUAUACGCCGGAAUAA